CUCUUAAAUAUUAUAUUUCAGGCUGAUUUUGAGGCGUCCAUUGCACACAAGGCAGAACGUGAUAAACAGGAGGCAGCUUUUGAAGGGAAACUCUUACGUUCUCAACUGGUGUGCGACAUGGCUGUUAUAGUUGCUGAUUAUACUAUUUUGGAACAGUUUUAUCUUAAUGAGUCUUUCAAGAAGGCAUUAGCUAUGGACACUGUAGAGGAGACUGCUAAUACAUCUUCCUUAGUUGAUGAUGCAUUCUAUAUUGUGAAGAAAAGUGUAAGGCGAGCGAUAGCAUCAAACAGUGUUGAUGGUGUAUGUGCCAUGUUGAAUCAUGCUGUGACUCUGAUCGAGACCCAACUGGCAGAAGGAUUUAAACAAACUCUGCGCAAAGGAUUCCCUGCCCAGGGGUACUUGGACUUCAACCAG